AUGGCGCCUACUACGGGUGUCAUCUCCGACUUGGAGACAAUGGGCGAAAAGGCCGAUAUGACCCACGAGGAGGUGGUGCAUCUGGCGCAGUUGACGGACGAGGAGAAAGUUCUCGAGAAGAAACUUCUGCGACGUAUUGAUUCUCUUAUCAUGCCGCUGGUCGUGCUGGUUUAUCUGUUGAAUUAUAUUGAUCGAAACAACUAUGCUGCUGCAAAGCUGCAAGGUCUUACGGAUGACCUCGGUCUAACGGCUACACAGUACCAGACCGGUCUAUCGAUUUUGUUUGUGGCAUAUAUUCUGAUGCAAGUGCCGAGUAACCUGAUGCUGAACUACAUGGGUCGCCCAUCUUUGUAUCUGGGCUUUUUCAUCACUGCUUGGGGGUUAGUGUCAGCUCUGACUAGUCAGGUCAAGGGUUAUGGCUCGAUUGUGGCAUGCCGCUUCCUACUUGGACUGGUUGAGGCCCCCUUCUUCGCCGGUGUCCUAUUCUACCUUUCCAAGUGGUACACGAGGAAAGAACUGGCAUUCCGCAUGAGUAUCUUCUACUCUGGCUCCCUGCUUAGCGGUGCCUUUGGAAAUCUCAUUGCUGCCGGUAUUCUGAAGGGUCUCAAAGGUCAUCGCGGCCUGUCAGCCUGGCAGUGGCUGUACAUCAUCGAGGGUGCCAUCACCAUGUUCGUCGGCAUCAUCAUCUGCUUCAUUCUCCCCGAUUUCCCCGAGACCUGGAAAAUGCUAUCCCCCGAGAUGCGCCGCGUCGCCGAACGCCGUCUAGCCAUCGAAGCCGCCGAAGCCGAUGUCGACGAGAAAGGCGGCAUGUCCCAGCUCAAGGGUCUUAAACUCGCCAUGACCGAUAUCAAGACUUAUGUCUUGGCCGUGGCAUACAUGUGUAUCACCGGCGCGGCGGGCUUCCAGAACUUCUUCCCCACGCUGACCAAGACCCUGCACUACAACAACACCAUUUCGCUGCUGCUCGUUGCCCCGCCGUACGUCUUCAUGGUAGUCUACAGUCUUGCGCACUCGUAUACCUCGGAUAAAAUGGGCGUCCGCUUCUGGUUCCUGGUCUACCCAAUCCCCAUCUCCAUCCUAGGAUUCAUCCUCUUCUCAACAACUACCGGCUUCGCCCCCCGCUACAUCUCCCUCUUCCUGAUGAUGUUCGUCUUCGCGCAAAACGGUACCUUGUACUCGUGGAUCGCCAAUGCGCUGCCCCGCCCACCCGCUAAGCGUGCCGCCGCAUACGCCUUUAUCAAUUCCAUCGGUAACUCGGCUAGUAUCUGGACGCCGUAUACGUACCGGUCCGAUGAGUCGCCCAAGUUCUGGACGGCGAUGGGUGUGAAUAUUGGUCUGCAGGUGUUGGGCCUGACUAUGGCGCUGUUUAUGUACUUUAAUCUGCGCAUGUUGAAUAAGAGGCAGGAGAGAUUGGAGAAUGAGGAUGUGCAGUUGACGGAGAAGGAGUUGAGGCGGUUGCAGGUUACGGCUGAUUUGGAGGGGAUUGAUGUUGCCGCUGCGAGACGCUUGCAGAAGGGUUUCCGGUUUGUGCUGUAA